CCGGAGCCCAAGCCUGGAAAGACGAGGGGGCGGGGCCAAUAUGUGACGUCAAGCGGAUGCAGCCAAUGGAAGCGUCCCGCGGCGCCCCGGCGCCUCUGGACUAUAAAAGGGAGGCGCGGCAGCGCUCGCCCGCUAGCUGCUGCCAGAGCUCCGAGCGCGCCUUCCCCGGGUGACUCCGGUUACAGGUCGCUGCCCACGACCCUGAGGCGGCCCCGGGUGUCUCCCGAGCGGAACCGCGGGUCCAUGGAGCAGGGCUUGGGCCCGGCCCCGGCCGAGAAGCCGCAGGGCGCGCGGUGCAGCAACGGGUUCCCCGAGGCGCGGGGCGCGCCGGCCGCCGACGGCUGGAAGGGCGAGCGGCCGCGCAGCCUGGAGGACAACGCGCUGAGCCUACCCUCGCUGGCCGCCGCCUACGCGUCCAUCCUGCGCGCGCUGGGCGAGGACCCGCAGCGCCAGGGGCUGCUCAAGACGCCCUGGCGCGCGGCCACGGCCAUGCAGUUCUUCACCAAGGGCUACCAGGAGACCAUCUCAGAUGUCCUGAACGAUGCUAUAUUUGACGAAGAUCAUGACGAGAUGGUGAUUGUGAAGGACAUCGAUAUGUAUUCCAUGUGUGAGCAUCACCUCGUCCCAUUUGUUGGAAAGGUCCACAUCGGCUAUCUCCCGAACAAGCAAGUCCUUGGCCUCAGCAAGCUUGCGCGGAUUGUAGAAAUCUAUAGCAGAAGACUACAAGUUCAGGAGCGCCUCACCAAGCAGAUCGCCGUGGCCAUCACCGAAGCCUUGCAGCCUGCGGGAGUCGGGGUGGUGGUGGAAGCCACACACAUGUGCAUGGUGAUGCGGGGGGUGCAGAAAAUGAACAGCAAAACUGUGACCAGCACGAUGCUGGGCGUGUUCCGCGAGGACCCGAAGACCCGCGAGGAGUUCCUGACCCUCAUCAAGAGCUGAGCUUGGCGGGCGCGGCGCGGCGUGUGGGUCCUGCCGCCAGUGGCAUCGUGUCUUCACUGUUUGUACACAUUCCAUUUCCAGGUGUUCCAGACGUGAACUUGUCGCUAAUUGUAUUUAAAAAUUAUUUAUAGAAGGUCAAAUAAAAAUAACUGCCGAAGGGGCAAGCCCUCUACUUUCUUCUUGCCGCUUUUUAGUGGCGGUAUUAAAGUGAACUGCUGAUAGUGUCAGGUUGUGUGUACAAAUCACUGCCAGGCUAAAACCCGAGGGUACCGGGAAGGAGGCGCAAUCUCACCCGUCAGCAUAGGAGUAGCCAGGGCAGGGCCAAAACACUACUUUCUCCUCCUCCACGGAAACGGUGGAUGCGGAAGCGCUCAAAUGACCUGUGUCGCGUGGCAGCAGAUCCGCUGCUUCCUAAAUUCCCAGUCUGACCGACCACACUUUGAUCGUGUUUGUUAACCCACCCGUGGCACCGUGUUUGGAUUUGUGAACUGUCCCGCUGUGAGGUCAUUCGCCCAGGGCGGGUGGUGGACUAUCUCUGUUUAUUUUGCUGUGAGUUAAAAAGGCACACUUCUACCUUUUCUUCUUUUUUAACUCAAGUACAGGGAAUUAAUUCCUGGAGUCGUUUACGAGUUUAUUCUUAUGUCACAUACAGGGACUUAGACACUUCACUCUCGGUGCCUUGAUGGACGUGACACCACGCAAAGUGCAGACGUUUUUGCCUUUUUGCCCCAAAGCCAUUAUUGUGUAAGGCUCGGUACAGGGGAGCGGUCGCCCCGCUUUCCCUUGCGAAGUCUCUUGGGCGCUUCUCUGUAUGUUCCACGUAGAUGCCUCACACCUUCCUUUUCGGAUCUUAUCAAAUACUUUGUCUGAGCUUUUCCCAGGGCGCUGACCUCGAGCCCAGGCUGCACGCUGGUGACCGUGAGCGUGCUCCAGGCUCUGCUCGAAGCCCUGAGCUGCUGGCGUUCAUUCAUGUUCAGUGUCCCUGUGUUCAAGGGAGCCAGUGUUUUAGUCCAGGAAGCCGAUGCCUUAUCUUAGAAUUGCCUCACGGGCAGUGAGGGCCACACUAAAGCCCCCUAGCUCCCCUACCAAACAUGAGCGUCGUUACGCCCCAAGGAAGCCUCUUAUUGGCCGACAUAGAGCUUGUCAAAGCUCCCCACCCUACCAGCAGAAUCCACGCAGCGCUGGCCGUCACGCUGGGUGUCCUGGGUCUGCUACUCUUCAGCUCUUUACGGAGCAGGAUGGCAGAGAUCUUUUUGUUUGUUGGUUUUUUUCUGAUUUUAAAACCUCAAUACAAAAUCUCUUCCCUAGAGAAGCCUUUCUGUGGGUGAAGUUUCUCAAGUACAGUGGCUGCGUUUGAGUUCCUUUUAAAGUCUAACCCAGUCUAGACAGCCGGCUCAGUAUUUAGACACCUCUAGGUAGAAUUCCAAGCCCUCAACUCAUGUUUGGUAUUUUAAAGUACAAACAAGCAUGACUGGAGGGCUGAGCACACCUUGAGUUGUGAACUCUUCCUUUGGGGAUCAUUUGUGUUCCUCUCCAGUGACCCUUUGUCCCGACGGUCCUCGAAGUGUUCUUACAGAAGUCUCGUGUGUCUCCGGGCUGUGGUCGCAUUAACAAAUGCAGAGUGGUGGCCUUGUGUGUUUUACUCUGGUCUGUAGCCCUUCCAAAUUACCUCCUCAUGUCCUGGACACUGAGUGCAUUUGGGGGGAUUUUUAAGAAUUGGAUGGAUUUAAAUAUACCAUGCAAUGAUACUGUGUUCAAAUUUUAUGUAUGUGUACGUGUGUCCCUGAAGUUCUGUUUAAAUUAUUAAAGCACCGUAACUUUG